AUGGCGGAUUCCGACUCGGACGGCGAGUUCGAACGGUUUCUGCAGGAAGACGAAGACUCGCUGUCUCCCGAGCCGGCGCGGCGCAGACCGAAGCCUGGUGGGGCGUAUUCGUCUUCAUCGGCGUCUGCAGUGACGGCGGCUGCUGCGGCGUUGCUGGCGUCGUCGAAGCUGGCGAAAAAUCACAAGAGCAAGAGCAAAAGUAAAAGCAAAACCUCCGAUAAGAAGAAAAGCACCAAGAAAUCUUCGAGGACCCAGCUAUCGGACUCGGAAGACGCGCCGCCUAGUUACUACGAUGACUACUCGACUGGACGAAGUGGUGGACUGGAGGACUCAGAGUAUGUGGCUGUCUGA